AUGGUCCUACAUAGUUCUUCCACCGGAGCUGGCCCCAGUGUGACUUGUUCAAGGAAGAUGCGCAUUCCUGAGAAGUAUGCACGGCAGAAGUCUCGAAACCACGUUUGGGGCGUUGAAGUCACCUACCAUGAGGAGAUGAGUGAAGUGGUAGUUGGCGGAGAGUUGCUCAAGGGUUUGUAUGAGGAUUUGGUCAUCUUCAGAGGGACUCGGAAGGCUGCGGUAGACCACGCCGAGAAGGAGGAAAUCGGACCCGCGCAGCGGGAUUUGGACCCACAUUGCAUCGCAAAAUGGUGCAGAGGCGGUGUCAGAGAGGACAAUCGGGAUUGGUCGGGCCGCAUAUGUGACGUAGACCCAAUAGAAUACCUGGAAGUCAAUGCAAGUAAUGCUUUAGAAGUUGAUGACUGCACUAAUUCGGAUGAGUGUGAGUUACAGGUUAUGAUGGAAUCGACGGAACUUUCCUCCAUUAACCUACAAGAUUGCUCUGAAGGAGCAGAUUUGACACCAAGCAACCACCGACGCAGUAGACCGUUUCCUCGGCUACAUCCACGGGUACACGUUGCACGUAUAGUCAAUCGACGUCUAACCGAAGACGAGUUGGGCACAUGCAUGGCCCUGCUGAGAUAUGGAACGCCGUCAUCUGAGGUGCGGCAGUUUGUGGCGAAUGAAUUCGGAAAGAUUCUUACCAUUAGGGAUACACACAACUACAGCCGGAAGCGUCAACCGGCUAUGUUGAAUGAUAUGCCUUCGGUUCUGGCAAAACUUCGGGAGACCGGACGCGUCCUUGUCUGUCAGGGAGAGGAAGGUCACUAUAGCCACAUGUGUUUCUCCCGGUGGCAGCAGAUAGCGUUAUUCCGACGCUUUCCAGAGGUAGUUAAUGUAGACGGAACACACGCAGCAAACCGCCUUGAAUAUAAAACAUACACAUUCUUGAUAACGGAAGGCGUGGGAACCAAGCGUCCGGUUGUGUAUGUGUUCGUAGAAAGCAAGCAGUUUGCUCCCAUGCAUAAACUGUUCGGCUUAUUCAAAGAAAUGAUGGGCGAAGCGUGUCCGGCCAGGUCCUUCGUAAUGGAAAAGUUGGCGGUGCUCUGUGACCGGCCUACUACUACCAGUGACCGCUGGUGUGUAACGGAUCGCGUGUCGUAUCACACUCAUUGUUGUGACAGUGAACCUUGCCCACUGUGCGGUGGUACUCUUCAGGCUUGUCCCAAAGGCCCGCAUGGAUACUGGCCCGGUGUCUACUCUAGGUGGCAAGGAUUAGCGGCAUCAUGUGUAUUUAUGGGCAUGAAAGAUCGUCUGCGGCCGUUGGAUUAUGUUACUGCACAUAGGCGAGGUCUCAUAAUCGGCGUCGCACAUACGCGCGCCUGGGAGUUACAAGCAUUCGAGCUUCGCAUGGUAGUGGUCAAUCAGAAAACUGGUGAGGCUUCGGGUUCCCUGGUUCAGCCGUUUGAAAAAUAUCAUGUCCUCAAGGAGGUCAAUACGAAUCAAUAUCGGUAUUUCACUCAGUUCCCACUAUCGAGACCGACGUUAUCAGCGCUUAAAUCAAAUGGUUUCACGAAGAUGACAGAUAUACAAAAAAUGGCCAUCAAACACAUCCUUCUAGGCAGUGACGUUGUCGUUGAAGCGGCUACAGGAAGCGGCAAAACACUAGCCUUCCUAAUCCCGAUGCUGGAUCGUCUCUACAGUAGUCGAGUGACGUCGCUUGAUGGACCAGUGGCGAUUAUUCUCACACCUACUCGGGAGCUGGCGCGGCAAAUUACUAUGGUCUUGAAGCGCUUUAGCACAUUCUUUAACUUCACAAUGUUGAAUAUUAUGGGUGGAAAGACCAGCGUACUAAAACGCCAGGAAUGGAGCACGGUGUCUCGCGCGAAUAUAUUGAUCGGAACUCCUGGUCGUCUGGCUCAGCAUCAAACAGAAAAUCCCAUGUUGGAUUUGUCCAACCUACAAAUGCUGAUACUGGAUGAGGCCGAUCGCUUGCUGGAUCCCACAUUUCGCGGCGACGUGGAUACGAUUAUGACGAACCUGACACCGGAUCGACAAACACUGUUGUUUUCGGCGACACAAAACAGCACAAUUAAUCAACUGGCCCGCUUGUGCAUGCGUAAUCCCGUGAUCUUGUCCACGGCUUCCACGAGUAGUGGAUCAACAGUUCCUGAACAACUUCUGCAAUCUUACGCGGUUGUUCCAUUGGAACAGAAGCUUGAUGUGCUAUGGACUUUUCUCCAAAGUCACUGUAAGAAAAAGAUCAUUGUAUUCUUUUCGACCCAAAAGCAAGUUCGAUACGUCUACGAAUUGUUCCAACAGCUACGUCCGUACUUCCGCGUGAUGCAACUUCGUGGCAACAUGUCACAACAUCGUCGUUUCCAGGUCUAUGAUCGUUUCGCUGCCACACCCACUGGUUGUGUUCUCUUAGCCACCAAUGUUGCUGAACGGGGUCUUGAUUUUCCAGCGGUCCAUUGGGUAGUCCAGUAUGACUGCCCUCGACAGCUAGAUGACUACGUACACCGUGUCGGCCGCACGGCCAGGUUUGGAAAAGCAGGUCGUGCGAUCACCUUCCUACUACCUUCAGAAACUCUGUUGAUUGAUCUGCUUAAGGAGAGGGGGUUGGAAUUGAAGUUGCAAAAGUUCCCAGAAUCGAAAGUCAAUCACUUUGUUUCUAAUCGGUCUCCGGCCCUGUUAGCUGCCAAGCCGGAUAUCGCGGUCGCAGCACGCUCAGCAUUCACGGCAUAUCUACGUGACUAUUGUCUGGGAGCUGGUUCACCAGAUAGGAAGGCCGCUUGCCCAGCAGAUCUCGGAAUCGCAGCUAUCUUCAAUCCCGCGGACUUGCCUUUGGCUGCCUUCGCCGUCUCUCUGGGGUUGCCAUCGGUACCUGAGCUACCGCAGAGUUUCUUACAAUGGACUACAAAUCCAGAUAACUCUUCGCAAGCUGAAGUUCAUCGAUCAUCCAAAAACCUUGUACCUUGGUCGUCAGAUAUUUUGGGGUCCAAACCAGAUUUCCCGGUGGACAGCAGUGACGAAGAUAAUUUUCUCCUUCGAAAGCCUGAGAACUUAUCUAAAAAAUUACCUACGUCUAAUCAACCAGGCCAUAAGCUUUUGGACGUCGUGGAUAGUUCGAGCAGCGAGGGUGAACAGUUGUUGCCGCUAUCUCCUUCAGAAAAUUUGGCGCUCACUCAGCAACCACAAGAAGUAAUCAUUCCUCAGCAGCCAAAGAAACCCAUUAAGAAGAUGAUCGGAGAUAUUCCUUUGCCGGACGACACGCUUGUUUCAAAAGAAGAUGAACAUGCUGAACGACCUGCCCGUUUGGAUGUGGAGACUGAACGACAGUUGCUUAAAGUGGUCGAUAGGGAGGAUAAGAAGCGAUGGAAGGAACGCCGGAAAGAGGAACAUCGACAGCGGCGGAAAAAACUGAAGGAACUAAAAGAUAAAUUACAACAAAAACCUGGAGAAUCUUUGUUGGCCAGUUCAGAUUCAUCAGAUUCUUCCGAAACAUCGGAGAAAAAGCCUCGACUAGAUUGACUGGGAGAAUUUGUAAAUUUGUGAUAAAGAUCAGAUACGUCUUAUCUGUACAAAAGUGUCUGAUAUUAACAUUAAUUUUACCGGAAGUCCCCUCUGUUCUCACAGUCUCAG